AUGCGGUUACAACAUGGCUGUCCAUCUAAUGAAAUUGCAGAGACAAAAGCAUUUGCUGAAUGGAUUCUUAAGAUUGGUGAAGGAAAAAUCGGCGGCAGCAAUGAUGGUGAAGAUAUUGUUGAAUUUCCAGAUGAUGUGAUAAUUCGCUCUACGGGUGAUCAUAUUCAGUCAAUUACAUCAUUGGUUCCGUCUGACAAACGAAUUCCUUUCUGGUUUCAAAGAAGACAAUUCCCUCUGUCUGUUUGUUUUGCCAUGACCAUAAACAAAAGUCAAGGGCAGUCCUUGUCCAAUGUAGGAUUAUACCUCCGUAGACCCGUCUUCACACAUGGUCAGCUCUAUGUUGCAGUCUCUCGUGUCACAAGUAAACGAGGCUUGAAAGUGUUAAUUUCUGAUGAGGGGGGCCAUUCUACUAACAAAACAAAAAAUGUCGUUUACAAGGAGGUCCUACAAAGCUUAUAG